AGAUAAACUCACAUAUUAACUAACAAAAAUGUAAUUUGUAAGUAAGUUAUUGUAGAAAGUAAAAUAAAAUAGUUCAAAAAGUGAUCGCUUGUAAAAGGGCCUUAACACAGAUCAUAUGGUAUGGAAGGUCAUUGUUGACUAAUGAGAUGUCAGUUUAAUAUAAAAAAUAAUAUUUGUUCAAAUUCCAAAUAAAAUAAAUAAAUUAUAGGGGAAAACCCGUAAAUAAUGCUUUUUUAUUGUGAGUUGUUUGCGAUGAAAUUGAGUAAUUUCUAAGUGGAGGUCAUUUCAAACUAUUUCUAUAUUUAUCAAAACUGGGGAAAUAAAAGGAGUAUGGUUAUCAUGGAGGGCUACUUUUCCCAAAAUCAGAUCGGAGAACUAUCCAUGACUAUAGAUCGUCUUCAUUUAAGUUAUCUUAAUAUGGAAGAGAGCCCAGAGAAACUUGAUCAUAGAGCUAAAUUGGAAGAUGCAAUUGUGGAGUUUUUGAGUGCAGUAGGACACAACCAGAAGUUCUUAUUGAGAGAAACAGAGGAAGUUCUUUAUCGUUCAGCUGCGCACAAGAAGGGGUUCAGUGGUUACAAAGCAGCAACAGGUUGGAACGCCUUACAGGUCUACGCCGGGAAUUUGCUGGUACAACCGUGGAGACGAGAGUACCGACAGAUAAAAACAUACUGUGGGUUCUAUAAACAUCAAAUUGAAGCCAAUCUUCUGGGAGCUGAGAGAAUGUUUGAGUCAAUGGGUUACAGACACAUAGGAAAUGGAAUUCUAGCUUUGGAAGGUCCGGUGUGUCCGGAUGAAGUAGCUAAUGUGUCACGGGAUUGUUUGGUUGCAUAUGUAGAAUGUCAGAUUCUGAAACACAUUUGGGAAGAAGUAUCAAUACUGGCUAAUAUUAGUUGGUUGGAUAUAUUAGAGUAUCGCAGGAGUUACUCAGGGAAUCCAGAUCAGUGUAUAAGGAAUUUGAAAUAUAGGUUUCGACCAGAGACUGUGAAAGAACAGGAUGUUUUCCAUCCCACUUCACCAAGUACACAGUUGGGUAUUCCACCUGCCUACAAUUAUGUGAAUUCACCUACUCAUCAUAGGCAUACUGUACCAGUACAGCAAGUACCACUCUGCUGUCCAGCGGCGUACGUACCUUAUGGUUACGUCCCCUGCUCCGCACACAUCCCCAUCGUAAACCAACCGGUCCACCAACCCAUGGUGCCCAACGGGUACUUUUACGGUAACACGGUACCGCCCAUGGCACCCAUGUACUCGGUACCCACUGGUCAGUUGAUCGAACUGGAUGGUAGAAACGAAUUUGACACGGUAGAUGGCGCUAGCGGCUGGAAAAACAGGCGGUCCAGAACGAAUUCCGCCGUCACUGUGGAACCGGACGUGUUAAGGAACGGGGACAUGGUCAAGAACGGGUUUGAACAUGUUUCUGAGGAUAAACAUGCCGCGGGGAAUGAUUGGGAUUAUGUGUAUAGGGAUUUAGAGAAACAAGGUUAUAGUAAAGACUUAGGUGAGAGAGGUGAUGUUCUUGCUAAUGCUACUGAUAAGCAAAGAAAAUACACUAGAGAGCCCAGGAAAAUGAAAAUAACAAACUUGGACGAAGCCAUGAACAAUCUAGCGAUCGCUGACCGACCUUUGAAGAUCACAGAAGCUUUGGAGAAGAUGGAACAGAAGUCUGUUGAAAAAGUUACUACACCCAGAGAAAGAAGACACUCGCAUGGCAGUUUCUACGAAAACGUGUCGUCUAGUGAAACUGCUACAAAACCUUCGAAUUUAAAACCAACGCAAAGUAGUUCUGUCCAGUCUAAAACUCUUCCAAAAGAAAAGCCGGAAAAACACAAUCCAAUCAUAGCUAAUGCAGCCGAAAGUACCAUUGUAAAAGAGAAACCCUCGGUUCCUAAAUGGGAAUGCAAAUCUUGCACGUACCUGAACAACAUGUCCAAAGACAUCUGCGAAAUAUGCAGCAAAAGUCGCAAAAUCUCCCAAGAUAAACCUAUCGAAGUGGGCGGUGCCGAAUGCUCGAAAUGCACUCUGGUGAAUCCCAAAAGCGCUAAAAUUUGUCAAGCUUGCGGCUGCAGCCUCAAGGACUCCCCCACGUACAUUUGAGUCAUGUGCAACAGACUGAAACCGCAAAAUUUCUACAGGAAAAAGCACAAGAGUUGUUAGAGUGGUAAGAGACUAUAUACAGGGUGGUCCGAACUGUAUUCCGGAAACUUCGGCAACAUAUUCUGCAAAUAAAAAUAA